AUGGAGAGUGACAAAGAAGAGAAGUCAUUCGAAGAGGAAGAUAAGAAUACGAAUAUGAAUGAUGGAUUAUUUUCUGAAGAACCUAUUGAACCUCGAAACAGCGACCGAGUGGAUUUCGGAACAAAUGUUCAAGACACCGAGCAUCAGGAGUCCUCAAACUUCCUCACACUCGGCACUACAAUGGAAGAAAGUGAAGACGACGUUAGAUACAAUGGUAAUACAAACAAUGUAAAAGAAGCCUCUAAUUCCAUCAAGGAUCCUUAUAUACAUGAUAAUGUGAAGUAUGAUCUUCCUGUUUUCUACAGCGAACCCAAAGACAGCGUAUCUGUUCACAUAGAUUCGGCCUAUGGAAUAUUGACGGAAAUAUUUUUUGUUCCUGAGGAAUACACUGUCUCAGAUGUUAUAAUUUUGUUAGUCAGCGAUACUGGUUUGAAACAAGAAAACUUUACGCUUAAAUACAAAGGUGAACUGGUAAGCUUUGAUACUCCCCUGAUUACUUUAGCAGAGGAGAAUAAGCUAGUAAAUUUCUCACUUUUAUUACGAAAUGCUGAGGACUCAUUAAAAAUUAAGCUAGGAAGCCGUGAAUUAAUCUACACCUCAGGACUUGUUGUUAAAAUUUAUGGUAGAAAAACAACGGUAACAGAAGACCCUUACAGUCAACAAAGUAUUAUGUUAGUCCAAAAAGGAGGUGGAACACACAAGGAUCAAGAAUAUAUACACAUAAAUUGGUUGCCACAUAACCAUCAUAAACCAUUCUUGGGCGGCUAUAGGAAUAUUCUUACAGACUACAAAUACCAUAAUGCAUCCACACAAACAAAACCAUUACCACGGAAAAUUAAGGAAACUGUGCACACAUCGAGGAUACACAGACAUACAAAAUGCGUCAUUUUGGAAAUAUGA